AUGCCCAAUCCCAAACUCAACAAUAACGUUGAGAUACCAGCGUUGGGUUUUGGAACUUUUGCUAAUGUCCUGGUCAAGGGGGAGACAUGUGCUGCAGUUCUUGCAGUUCUCGAUGCGGGAUACAGACACCUGGAUUGCGCGUGGUACUACUUGAAUGAAGAAGAGAUCGAUGCUGCCCUGAAGCAAUGGUUUUCCAUGAACUCAAGUGUCAAACGAGAAGAUCUCUUCAUCACGAUGAAACUCUGGCCCCAUCUUGCUGAGCCAGAAGAUGUGGAAUGGAGUUUAAAUAACUCCCUGAAAACACUAGGAAAAACUACAUCAAUAGGGGUCUCGAACUGGAAGAUCUCGGACCUGGAAGCGAUGCUCAAGUACGCUGAGAUCGAGCCCAUGAUGAAUCAAGUAGAAAUCCAUCCCUUCCUCCCGAACAUCGAGCUUGGUCAGAUUGAAACUACGCAGGAGACCCCGCUUCAGAAUGCAGAGCUUGCAGCGCUGGCGGAGAAGAAAGGCGUGCUUGCGGUGCCGCCGAAAAGUGCGAAUGAGGCAAGGAUUAGAAGUAAUUUUGUGGUUGUUGACUUGAGCGAGGAGGAGUUGGGAACCAUCUGUAAGGCUGCAGAAGGGAGGCACUACCGAUUUGUGAAUCCGAAGGUAACAUCUGGAUAUGACGUAUGGCCGGAGGAGUCGAGCUAG